CCCUCUUCCUGUUGUGCCCAGAGCCGCUGUGGUGGCGGCGGUGUCAUGGCGGAGGCGGUGAGGGCCCCGCGCAGGGGCCGCCCCAAGGGCAAGGCCAAGGAGAAGAAGAAAAGAAGUCACGAGGACUCCCAGAUACGAGAGCCUGAUGAUGUUUUCCUCCCUCCUGUGGCAGAAGUGUCUUCUCAGGCCACUAAAGUGCAAGUGGAGCAACCAGGAGAAUUCACAGAAAUUAAGCUCAGUGAUGAAGCAGAGCAUGGAAAAGCUGUGACCGAUGCAUGUGACAUCUCCCUCAGUAAUUUAAGUUUAACAAGCCAAGGCUCUUUGACAGCGGUUGUAGAGCCUUCAGCAGGUGGAGAAGAGAGUGAAGCUGGUCCUUCACAUGAGGAGUGUGGAGGGGAUGUUGAGAAAAGUGAAAAAAGCAAGGUGGACAAACCUCCCAGCCUUGUGGAUGCGGUUGCUAGUGGAUCAGGAAAAACUGAUGUGAUGGGCAGUUCCUGUCAUUCCAGUGCAGCUGUGACUCAGGCAGUAGUGGGCAUUGCAAGGGGCAAAGAAACUGAAAGUGUACAAGAUGUUAAAAGUCCUCUUAUCCGUUUCUCAGAGAAGCCUCCUCUGAGUCCUUCACAGCCCUGUGAGAAGUCCAAGGCACGUGUUCAUUGUUUGAGGUUGAAAUCAGUUUAUCCAGACUUGUCAACAGAGUUGGCCUACGAGAGCCCAACCAUAAUGGCAGUCAAACCAUUGUUGCACAAUGAAAGGCUUUAUCCAGAGCUGCCAACUGAACCCGAACUCGUGCCUUUUACCAGAGAACAGCUGAAAAUCUUUGAACCCUGUUCAUGGCUUGAGAAUGUUGACUCCUACACAGAGGAAUUUGAAAGUGUUGCUCAUCAAGACAGGCACGAAUUUUAUGAACUGCUCCUGAACUACAUGCGCUGUCGGAAGCAGCUUUUGCUGGCAGAGGCAGAGCUGCAGGCUAUGACAACAGACUGCCAAAAUAUUAAGGGGAGGUUAUGGACUUUUAAAGAAGAACAGAAGACUGUGCAGGGUGUCUGUGCAGAUCAGUGCAAAGUGACUGGUCACCAUCGCUACCAGACAGUCGAGAUGAAUGGAAGCGUGUUGGCAGAAUUGAAAAAGCUGUUUGAAGCCAAAGCAGAGCACGUGCAUCAGACGCUGGCAUUGCACUCCUACACGUCAGUGCUGUCUCGGUUACAGGUGGAGUCCUAUGUGUACAGGUUGCUCAACAGUUCCUCCCUGCUGAGAUCAGUGGCUCUUCACCAGCAAGAGCAAGUUUCAAAACAGUCUGAAAAUCUUUCUGCAGACUUGAGCCACUUGAAGGAGUGUAUCAGCGUUCUCUUCAGUUUCACUCGCAGAGUGAUUGAAGAUCCUCAGUUUCAGAGUGACCUUCUCGUGUGGCUGCAGAGACUGGUUUCAGUAUUGCAACGAAUUGGCUGUCCUGGUGACCAUCUCUUCCUUUUCAACCACAUCUUGCGUUGUCCAGCUGGGAUUGGUGAAUGGGCUGUUCCAUUCAUUCAGAUCAAAGUCUUGGAUAACCCGUCGGGGGUCUUUCAUUUCAUGCAAUCUCUUGCCUUGCUUAUGUCUCCUGUUAAAAAUCGGGUGGACUUCAUGUGCCAUAUGAAACCGAAUGAAAGGAAAAGCUCCUCUUCCUCUGGGAAGGAAUCUGGAAACUGGACACUGGUAGAUGAAGGAGGAGAAGAGGAUGAGGAUCCUGAUACAAGCUGGAUUCUGCUUUUGGAAGAUGACCUGAUUGUUCUGUUGUCACAGUUUCCAUUUCAUGAACUUUUUCAGCACUUCCUUGGGUUUAAGUCUGCAGGUACUUAUUUUCCUGAAAAAACAACUUCUCAGGAGAUGAUGAAGAUUUUUGCCUUUGCAAACUCCUUGGUGGAACUUCUGUCUGUGGGGUUAGAAACAUUUAACAGAGCACGAUACCGACAGUUUGUGAAGCGGAUUGGUCAGCUGAUCAAGAUGACGCUUUGUCAUGUGAGUGACCACUGGGCCCAGUACAUCAGUGGCAAUAAACAAUAUGGAUCGACAGGACAUCCAUACUCCAUGGACAAGUUACAGCUGGAGUUUGAUGAGCUGUUUUUCAGAGCUGUUUUACAUGUUCUGAAGGCAAAAAGGCUGGGAGUCUGGCUCUUCAUGUCUGAGAUGCCUUACGGGACAUUAUCCAGUAACAUGCUCUGGAAGCUCUUCUUUGUCAUGCACUGUGCAGAGAGUGAGAACCUGGAAAAGCUCUGCUCUACUUUACAGCCUGCUGACUGCAAAAAGAGACUUGAAGACCCACAGCACCUUGAAAGUUUUGAAAAGUAUCUCCAGUCCAUGAAUGGCUCAGAAGAAAUUUGUCUGCUCACCACAUUUGCUCAGAUGGCACAAACCAAACGGGCUGAUGUUGAUGAGGAUUUUAUCAAAAUUGUUGUUCUGGAGAUAUAUGAGGUGUCGUAUGUUAGUCUUGCAACAAGAGAGACGUUUUCAAAAGUUGGUCGAGAGCUCCUGGGAGCAAUUGCCAGCAUCCAUACACAGAUUAUUUCUGUGCUGUUGGAUCGAGUUAGAGAGACCAUUGAGAAAGUUGGAAUGGUUUCUUUGUAUCUGUUUAAAGAACUGCCUUUGUACCUGUGGAAACCUUCUUCAUCUGAAAUAGCACUGAUUCGAGACUGGUUACUGAAUUACAGUCUAACCACUGUGGAGAAUAAACUAGCCUGUAUUAUCUUGGAAGGUCUGAACUGGGGAUUUUGUGAGCAGAAGGAUGCUCUCCAUCUGGAUCCAGCCGUUCAUUCUGAAGUUGCAUUGAUGGUCCUUGAAGCGUACCUGAAAUACCUCUCCCAGAAACCAUACUCUGGAUUGCUUUCUGAAAGCAUAAAGCAGGUCUCUUACCUAGCUAGCAUUGUUCGUUAUGGAGAAACACCAGAGAGUUCCUUCAACCAGUGGGCAUGGGGCUUGAUUUUGAGGUUAAAGCUUCACAGAAAUGACCGUGGCAUACAGUGUGGCUGGCCUGCAGUUCCUGUAUCUGACAGUGUGCUUGACAUGACCGAAUCGAUCACGCUUCACCCCCUCCUGAAGGCUGUUAAAGCAGGCACACCUAUUGGCUGUUACCUCGCACUGGCAAUGACCACACUAGGUCACAGCAUUGAGAAGUUCUGUGCUGAAGGGAUUCCUCUUUUGGGUGUACUUGUCCAGUCUAGAUACCUGAGAACAGUAGUCCACGUCCUGGAUAAAGUUUUACCCAUAUUUUAUUCUUGCCAAUAUUAUCUCCUGAAGAAUGAACAGUUUUUAUCUCAUGUCCAACUGUUCCUUCAGCUGGAUAGUGGAGUCCCUCAAGGCAUGACCCAGCAGGUCACACAUAAGGUAACACAGCACUUGACAGGAGCGAGCUAUGGAGAAAAUGUUAAACUGCUCAGUAGUAUGAUACAGACUCACAUUUUCCGAAGCAGCCAGCCAAAUGGAGUGGGGCCAACUGCAGUAUUGGAGUUCUGGGUUCAGGUCCUCAUCAGCCAGCAGCUGUGGCACAGGGACCAGGCAACGCUCUACUUACUGGAUCACCUAUGUAAAGCUGCUUUUCAGUACAGCCAGGAAGACUGCAUACAAAAGCUGCUUUACCAACAGCACAAGAAUGCUUUAGGUUAUCAUUGUGACAAAGGUCUGCUGUCUUCUCUUGUUAGCUGGAUUGUGGCAGGCAAUGUGACUCCCUCCUUUGUUGAGGGCAAUGCCAACUCCUCUCAGGUCUGGUUUUCAUGGAUGGUGUUAAAUGUUGAGUCCAUAUUUGAAGAAGACUCACAGCUUCGCAGGGUUGUGGAAGGAGAAUUAAUCAUUAAUGAUUUGUCUCCUGAUCAAGCUUUGAAGAAAGCCCAGACCCAGCUGAAGCUGCCUGUUGUACCUUCACUUCAGAGGCUCAUGAUUUAUCGCUGGGCCCACCAGGCCCUUGCUACCCCUGCUGAUCACCCUCUCAUGCCAUUGAUCUGGCAGAAAUUCUUCCUGCUUUACCUUCACAGACCGGGACCACAGUAUGGAUUACCUGUUGAUGGCUGUAUUGGAAGACGAUUUUUCCAGAGUGCAGCCCACAUUAACUUAUUAAAUGAAAUGAAGCAGCGCUUAACAGAGGUGGCAGACUUCCACCACGCUGCCAGCAAAGCACUGAAAGUGGAGAGUCCUGUAAAGAACAGUGACAAACCACCAGAGAAGGCGAGCUGCUUGCCAGAUUACCUGACUUCACCAGAUCUGCAUAAGGAGCUCGUCAGGCUUUGUAAUGUUUUUAUUUUGUGGUUGGAAGAAGAGAGCUUUCAGAAAGGAGACACGUACAUUCCUUCCUUACCAAAGCAGUAUGAUGCACACAGACUUGCUAAAAUCAUGCAGAAUCAACAGGAUCUGUGGAUGGAGUAUGUCAAUAUUGAACUGAUACAUCACGAGUUUCAGGAAGCUGUAAACCUUUGGAUGCGGGCUCAGAUUGAAUCACACACACCAGCUGCUGUUUCUGCAGGGCAAACAGAUUUCACCAACCCUUUGUCAGCCAAAGAAAGGAUAUUGAAUAAUUUGAAGAAGUUUGAUUUGCCCAAGCCUCCUCUUUCACUCCAGCCCAUGAAAGCCCCUGUGCCAGUUAUUUCCUCUGCCAGUCUGAUAAAUCAGAAAGAAGCAAUUCAGCUCACACACACCGACCUUAAAGUCUUGCAGGGUCACGCCAAAACUGCAGCUCUUUGGGAAUCCCAACAUGUUGCUCUGAACAGUGAAAUACUGGACACCAUACCCAAGCUGUAUGUUAAUCGGGAGGAGCAGAUCACCCUCCACCUGGAGUGCCGGGGAGCAUCAAGUAAAGGCUGCCAGGGAGCAGCUCAUGUAACAGUCCAGUUUGAGGGGAAACACAAAAACGAAGCAGUGAGCCAGCAGCUUCAUGCUCUGCGAAAAGAAGUGAGACAGCUGCAAGCAGAAGCCAUGAAGCCACCUUCUGUGGGUGUUGUGGAAGCAGCAGUGCAUGUAGAAAACUUUAUAACGACCUUAAUAAAUAUCUACAAAGUGCAGCCUAUGCCUGCAAUUAAGAAAGUUGGAAUUAGUUUGUUUUUUAUCAUGGUGGAGUAUGUGUGUGAUGAAACUCAACGCAACCCUCCCACAAGGCAGUUCUUCACUUCCUGCAUAGAGAUCCUAGGCCAGGUGUUCAUCAGUGGGACCAAGUCAGAGUGCAGACGUCUCCUCCAGACAAUCCUGCACAACCGAAGGCUCUGUACGCUUCUAUCUCCAUACUUCACUCCUGUUGCUUCUCCUGAUGAGUUUGUGGCUUUAUAUGAAAAAGUUGUGACCUUUCUGAGUGAGGACAACAGCGAUGUUGUCUUCAUGCUGUUGACAAAGUUUGACCUUACGCAGUGGUUAAAUGUCACUAAGCCACCUCUAUCUGAGCGUACCAGGCUUCUGGAAUCUAUUCACUUGGCUCUCAAUGCAUGUGGCCUUGAACCUGAAGAAGAUAUUCUGAUGCCGUUUAAUAUCUUCUGCAAUCACUGGACUAACCUCCUCCAGUAUCAGUUCCCUGAUCACUAUAGUGAUUUUCUAAGAUUGUUUGUACAAAGCUCCUCAGAGCAGCUUCUAAGCCCUGACUGUUGGAAGGCAGCACUUAAAGCUUUGGGAUGUGGUUCAGUGGUGGCUGAACAGGGGAGCUUCAAGAAAAGCGAUUGCACUGAAAGUCCUGUAUUGCGAGAUGCUGGAGAAGUCCUUCUGUCUGCAGAGCAGGUUAGAGAGACAAUAGAAUGGCUUUCCACCUCUUUCAGCAAGCUUCGUCUAGCCUCAGUGGACUUCAGAACCUUCGGUCUCUUUUCAAAAUGGAGUCCUUAUGUGCCUGAAGUGAACACAUUUUUGGAGUAUCUUAUUAAACGGCUUAUUGAAACUGAAGUUGUCAGUUUAGCCCAAGAGCCUGUUGGCAGCAACAGAGUUUUAGCUGCAUUGCAGUCCUUGUAUUCAAUUACUGCUGGACUGUUUAAGCCAUGGAUACUGGUCUUAGACAAGGAAGAUGCAAGUAACCAGCCCUGCUACCCUUGGUUGGAGAGUGAUACUCCCGCAGCAUCCAGCAUGGUCCGUUUGUUUACAGAUUGCAUCAAGCUUUUGCAUGAGAGCUUUAAAGAUAAGCUGCUGCCAGGCCACCAUGGUGCUCUCUGGUUGCAUCUGAUGCAUUACUGUGGAUGUUGCACAGCUCCCAAAAUGCCAGAGUUUAUUCUCUAUACUUUCCAUACUGAAUUCAGGAGACUUCCAUGGAAGGAAAUGCAUCCAGACCAGAUGCUUAUGGAAGAGUUCUUUAAAGUGGAAAGAGGAAGCCCCAAGAGUUGUUUCUUAUUCCUGGGUUAUGUUUUAUGUGAAAUAAACUGGGUCAGCGUCCUUUCUGAUGCUUGGAAUCCCAACCCUCAUCCUCAGACUCACAACAUGAUUGUCUGUUUGCUGUAUAUGAUGGUCCUGUUGGCAAAGGAGGAACAGCUUAUAGACAAAGAGGAAUCACCACUCAUAAAUCUUCUCGGACAGACUAGCUCCCUUCCUUGGCAACUUGUGGGCAUUUCAUCUUAUCAAAGCAUCAUCAGCUAUUGCAACAGUCACUACCCUCCCUCUGUUAUCCUUGCUAAGGAUGCUGCAUCUGAAUUGAUAGUGAAGCUCCUGAAAAUCUCAGCAGGGUUUGGCACAUCUUCAGAUAGUCACAUCCACCUUCAGGAUGCAACACUGAAGUGCCAAGCGUACAUCCGCCAGAUGGUUCAAUUCCUCAGCACCUUGGAACAAAGUGGGAAGAUCACUCUUGCAGUUUUAGAGCAGGAAAUGUCCAAGUUGCUGGAUGAUGUAGUUGUCUUUAAUCCUCCAGAUAUGGAUCUGCAGACACGUCACCUGGCCCUCAGCAGUCUCUUUACAGAAACACUGAUGAUGUUGAACACUUCCAGUGUUACAACAGCUGAGUCACUUCGGGGGAGCUUACGAAAGUGGAUUGACAGUAAAGUGCAUGGAUUGCUAGCAAUGCCCCUUCUGACAGCAGCAUGUCAGAGCCUGGCCUCCGUGCGACACAUGGCAGAGACAACAGAAGCCUGUAUCACCUCUUACUUCAAUAAAGUUCUUCCUCACCAUCAGGAUUUGGGCUGGGGUCCUAUACUCGCCUCCCUCCAAGUUCCUGAGCUAACCAUGGAAGAAUUCCUGCAGGAGUGUUUGUCCUUAGGAAGCUACUUGACCCUCUAUGUCUACCUGCUGCAAUGCCUGAACACUGACCAAACUCUUACCAAUGAAAUGAAGAUCCUAAUCACCAUCAGCAAGUGGCUGGAGCAAGUGUAUCCAAGCUCAGCAAAGGAAGAGGCGAAGCUGUUCCUUUGGUGGCACAAAGCUAUGCAGUUAUCCUUAAUUCAGAUAGAGCAAGAUGAUGCCAUUGUGAUGGAGUCUGUCAUUCGGACACUGCUGUCCAUCCAGGGCAGGCAGAGUCAGCUGGCUGAGGAGAGACUCACUUCUGGAAUACUUGGAGCUAUUGGGCUGGGCAGGAGGUCUCCUUUGUCACCCAGGUUUCGGCUGGUUGCCCGCAGUUUGUCUGCCUUCCUCCUGGUGCAGAUUCCUGCAGAGGGUCAAGUCCGCCUGAAAGCAGGCUCAGAACCAAGGCUGACACAGAAGGCCCAGCAGGCACUGAGUGCUCUUGAAUCAAUGGCAUCAAACAAACAGUAUGUGGACUUUCAAGAGCAGAUCUCCCAGGCUUCUCUGUUCAUCAAGCAUCCUGAACAUUGUCUUCGAGAUGGCAAUAACCUUUUGGCUCUCCUUAUAAACACCCUGUACCCAGAAGUGCAUUAUUUGGACUGCAUACGGUAGCAGCACUGAGCUCACAAAACAAUCAUGCAGUGUUGAUUAUUCUGGUUUACAUUUAAAAGUUGUUCCUGCACAAAUAAUUUUUACCUUAAAGAGUUCUGGUUGAAGUAAGUCAGAAGUGUGAGUGGGAGCUGCACGCUGGCAAAUUUCAUGCUCUCUGAGGGUUUCUUUUUCCUUUAAAGCUCUUAGGAUAUUUAGGCCUGUGUAACUGUUUAGUUUUUAUCAACUGAAAACAGUUGGAAUAUGUUCCUGUGCAAGGUGCACAUGUAAGGGGAUAAAUGUACAGACCAUUAGACUGCAAAGCCCGUUCUUGUUUCUUGUAGCAUCUUACAUUUCUGUUGUGCCUUUUUCAUUUUCCUGUGUGUCAUCAUUUGAGCCAGUGCAAAGUGAGUAUGUGUGUGGGGGGAGGGGUGUGUAUUAUACAGUUUUCGACUCUCUUAGUGGAGUACCUCUAAAGCUUAUGUGAGUGUGUGUGUGUGCAGGGAGAUUUGUCCCUGCAUUUCAACAGGUGGUAUUUUAAAGUUUGACUCUUUUGAUAUUCCACAGAACUCCGUAGUUUAAAGGCAUGCCUGCAAUCUUCUCCUGUGUCUGAAAACUGAACUAAAGAACUUUGCUUUCUCCUACUCCCUGAAUAUUACUGAGUCUGCCUCCAUACUGGUUGGUUAAACAAAAGAGAUUUCUGGCCACGUUGUUUCUAAGUCAGGUGAUGUCUACAGACUGAUUUUUCUGCAUCCUUGGUGUCCAGGAGGGAAGAAGUUAUGUUCUUGCUGGAUGAUAUUCCUUAAUUCUGAAAAUCUAGAUAUUUAGGAGAUUUAUUAAGUGGACACCACUGAAGUUUGUUCUUCCUAGCUGAGCAUGAUAUGGAAGGACUUCAUAUGACACUGUGAAAAGCUAUUUAGCUUGUUUUAAAUCACUUUGUUAAAACUGUAUAAACUAUGAGCCUGUAAAUCUAUUGUUUUGCUGAAUGAUCACUGUUAUUCUUGCUUUGUCUGAUGUUGCACGUUCUGUCCAGUGGAAGCAGAAAGUGAGUUUCCCUGCUUGCUCAUGUGAUGUUGGCCUUCCCAUGGCUGAUCUAUUUGAGGUUGCCCAAGGUCCUACAUUAUCAAUCCGUGCACCUCUACAAAGGAAGUGAAAAACAGUGAAAGCAUCUUCUCUUUCUGCAUUAAGUGUGCCUUUGUGUUCAGAACAUGUAACCAUGUUUAAGCAUUUGUUCAGGUCACUUGGGGAUAAUAGAUGUUCGAUAAUGGAUUAUUUUGCAGUCUUGCUCUUAGCUGUGAUUUUGGUGCUGGAGGGCAAACCACCUUUUUCUUCUCGAUGAAUCUGGCUAACUGUGCCAGCUGUGUCAUCAGAUCCAGGUGUGGUUUUAGGCUCACAGGUAGAGCAAAGAACUGUAUGUGUAUAUAUAUGUACACCUCUCUGUAUAUUAACCAGGUAAGGGUGCAGCACGGUUUCUGACAGUCUCCUUUGGGAAACUGAUGCCUGGAAGAAUACGUGCUGCUGCUUUUUGAACCCCUGCAAUGAGUUAAAAGCACUGGUUUAUUAGUUUCAACAUUACUGAUCAGUUGCAUUUAAAAAAAAAACACAUAAAAAUGUGAAGAAUGGAGAGAGAUAUUUGACAUAUGUAUUUGACAUGCACUUUUGAAAGAAGGUAUUGUUUCAGCUGUCGAGUUUUUACAGAUGUGUUUAUAAUAUCCUAUGUCUGAAAAAAAAAAAAAAGACAAAAAAACCCCAAAAAAA